GGCGUGGCGAGAGGCGUGGGUGCGUAGCCAAGAUGGCUGCGCUCUGGAACCGCUGCUCAGAGAGCAAGCAGUGAGGUUCGCGCUCAGCAGAAACGCUCAGAAAUCUAGCAUUGCCUGCAGGCUGAACAGCCUGAGGGUCAUGUGCCAGCUGUUUCCCCACGGACUGCUGUAGAGGAGGAUGCAGGUUCCCAGGCCCACACCAUUCAGGCCCUGUAGCAUCUACACCUGCACCUACAAAACCCGGAACCGAGCCUACUCUACACGUGGGUGAUAGUGGCGGCUGGGAAAAGGAAAAAAACAUUAUUGUCCAAGAACAUUCUGGCAGUUCCUCCACAGUUCUGGGUUCUUGAAAUUGGGAUCAACAUCUUCUCUAUCAUCCAGGAAGCCUCCUCUAAUCAUUCAAGCUGACCUUCAUCGAACACCAUGAGGUUGUGAGGCUCUUGCCAUUAUCUGGGAACUGAUCAAGACUUGAAGCAAAAGAAAGUGGUGAUGAACAGCCUGAGGGUCAUGUGCCAGCUGUUUCCCCAAGGACUGCUCCGGAGGAGGAUGCAGGUUCCCAGGCCCACGCCAGUCAGGCCCUGCAGCCUCUACACCUGCACCUACAAAACCCGGAACCGAGCCUUGCAUCCACUCUGGGAGAGUGUGGACCUGGUUCCGGGGGGUGAUCGACAAUCACCAAUCAAUAUCCGAUGGAGAGACAGUGUUUACGAUCCUUGCUUAAAACCCCUCGCUAUCGCUUAUGAUCCAACCACCUGCCUCCACAUCUGGAAUAAUGGGUACUCUUUCCUCGUGGAAUUUGACGAUUCUACAGAUAAAUCAGUGAUUGAGGGGGGACCCCUGGAACACAACUACCGCUUGAAGCAGUUCCAUUUCCACUGGGGGGCCAUCGAUGCCUGGGGCUCCGAGCACACCGUGGACAGCAAAUGCUACUCAGCAGAGCUGCACUUGGUGCAUUGGAAUGCAGUCAGAUUUGAAAGCUUUGAGGAUGCAGCACUGGAAGAAAAUGGUUUGGCUGUGAUAGGGGUAUUUUUAAAGCUGGGCAAACAUCAUAAAGAGCUACAGAAAUUGGUGGAGACUUUGCCAUCUAUUAAGCAUAAGGACACCCUUAUGGAAUUAGAGUCAUUUGACCCUUCCUGCCUGAUGCCCAUCUGCCCAGAUUACUGGACCUACUCAGGAUCUUUGACUACCCCACCACUCUCCGAAUCUGUCACCUGGAUCAUUAAGAAGCAACCGAUAGAGGUUGAUCAUGAUCAGCUUGAGCAAUUUCGGACCCUGCUUUUCACUUCAGAAGGAGAGAACGAGAAAAGAAUGGUCGACAACUUUCGCCCCCUUCAGCCCUUGAUGAAUCGCACUGUUCGCUCGUCCUUUCGCCAUGAUUAUGUGUUGAACAUACAAGUGAAACCCAAGCAGCAGACCAGCCAAGCUACCCCCUAAGACGUUCAUAUUGGGACCAUAUUUUAUAUUCAUACAUACCAGCUUUUAACAAAUUUUUCUCUAGAGUAUUCUAAAUGCCUGCAUUUAAUAAUUGUUAUAGAUGCUCUGGUCUUGAUAUGGGAGUGCUCCAUCAAUUGUUGAAGAAAGCUCUUUGGUAAGCUCAGGCUGACUUUUCACGGUAAUGAUGUAUAUCACCGAUGUACCAGCAAGACACGCAAUAUUCUCUUCUUACAGCAUCCAAUUGCCAAUUGUAAGUCAUUUGAUGUCUGACUUUCUGCGCUCUCUUUUUAGGUUUAUCGGUUAGCGGUUCUACAGAGUUAUGGGAAGGGAUGAUAAAAUGUGUAACAACUGGUAAGGCACAGGCACUGACCAACCAGAACACAGGCCUGUCAGAAACAGCCAUGAGGCUCAGACUGGUGCUUCCUGACUGAACAUUGACCAUGGUUUUAGGUAUAUUUUAUUUUGAAAUGUGAAUGUGUAUGCUUUUAAGAAGGCUUCUCAAUGAGAACGUUUGCCCUGAUCUUUAGGUGCCAUUGCUAAUAUUUGAUAUGCUUAUUAUCAAUUAAUGAUAUAGAAAAUAUGUUUUGUAAUCAUUAGAAAACAAGGACUUUUGCUUAUAUCUUGAAAUCCUUUUGAAUUUCUAAAAAUAAGCUAUUUUAUUUAAAGGCUUGAUCCUAUAGAAAGCACAUGCAUAACAUUGUAAAGAAAAGGCUUUAAGUGCCUAAGACUUAGAAUUCUUGCACAGCACAUUUAAAGAAAUAUUUUUCAAAGGGGGCAGUAAUCUAGUUGGCUAUAGUUUAUGCUAUUAUGUUGCAUUAUUGAUACAUUGUUUCAUAGAAUAUAAUGAUAGUAUUUUUCCACCAUGACAGAGCUAUCUUGGCUUCCCUUUAAAACUGUCUGAACUUUAUUUUAUUUGGUCAUCUGUUGAGGUUCUUGGUUUGCAAGGCAGAUGAUCAACUUAAAUUUUCCAAUUUAUACAGUGGCUUAGAAGAUUUUUGUUACUGUAACAGGAAGAGGAACUUACCAACUAGGCUAAAAUCUAGAGAUUUCCACAUAUUCUGAGGAUCCAUCCCAUUGUCAUCCUUGCUUAUAAAUAUCUGGGACUAUUUCCAAUGGCUUCUAAAUCUGUGUUCAGACUCAAUGUUGCAUCAAUAAGUGGUAGUAUCUCUUUCAUUGAUAUGCUAGUCAUUUGCAAGUUAUGGUUGGAGUUGUAUAUGUAAGUGCUUGGAAUAUCUCUGCUCCAGUAAAAAAGGGGGGAGUGGGGUGAAAGUAUUUGCUUCUACGGUGCAUGCCUUCUCUGGGAAAGGGGAGAGUGUGUGCCCUACACAAGAUAUACAUUUUCCAGGGCACACAGCCUUCUCUCCUAGGCCUCUUACAUAAUCUUAAUGGAAAAAACUAUCACAGUGGGUGUCGCAAACUGGAAUGAGGACCAGUGUACAGAAUAUAGGAUUCCCCUUGUAUCUCAGAGGUACAGGGAUGCCAUAUUACUACUGGUUUGCCCAUCCUGAUUUACUUACACCUGGUGUUCUGGUGUAAUUAUUAACAGCUCCCCCUUUCACUCUCACCCAGUUUUCAUGAUAAAUUCUAUGGUCACCUUCCCUGCAGAAGUUCUGGAAACUGCCUUGGGUGUGGGCUUUCUUCAGUGCUCUAGUCUUAGGACCCGCAAAGGGGCACUGUAGAUACCCUGGCUACUGAGAACACCCUAGCAAGAAACUUUUUUUAAAAAUGUUUUUUAUGCCCAUGAAAGUAUUUCACUUGUACCUUCUUAGCCAUGAAUGGGAGAAAGGGACUUAAGGUCUGUUGAAAGGCUUGAGAAAGAAUUUUGUAUUAAAAUUGCUGCUCGCCAUCAUUAAAUAAUACUAGAUUCAUAAAACCCUUUCUUUACAACAUUUCUAUUUGUUGAAUGGCUUUGUCUUCCUGUUAGUUUUUUUUUUUUUGCGUAUAUAAGAUGUCUGUAAAAUUAACGAGACAUCCUUGAACAUGUAGAUCAGAAAUUGAUUAGAAAACUCCUCAGGGAUUUACUAGAGAAGCAGAAAUGGGAAGAGCCCCUGCUCCUCCUCAGCUCACCGCUUUCUUUGUGCGCUAGUGCACAAUCUAACUUCCAGCCCUUUCCUACUUUCCCAGAGCUGCAUGGAUUAGGGUACAAUUGGCUGUUCCCAAACCUGGCAUCCACCCCCCAAAAGUUUAAGAAGAUGUCUUUCCCUCGCUCACUGGGGGACAUGAUCUUUGGGUGUGAUAUCAGCAAAAAUGAAGUAUUGUAAUCACUUUAGGUAUUUUUCCAUGUCACUAAACGAAUCAACAUCGUUUACUUGAUACCUUUUCUACUUAAAGUUGUAUUAUCCUUUUGUUUCACAUUUGUUGGUUCUUUCAUGUAAAACUUUAUUGAAUGAAAGUGGAUAGUUAAUUUAAGCAAAUAAGCUCUAAUUUUACAGUAUAAUUAGUAAAUAUAAACAAUACUGGCUACUUUAGAGAUAAAUAGUAAUGCAUUCUUGACCUUAUGUCAAUUUGGAUUCCUGCUUUGUGGAUUCAACCACUCUUCAGAACUGGUAUUUCGAUUUGGGUUCUGAGUGGGGAUAGCGACUCUGCCAUGUGCUUUCUCUCAAGCCACCAGUAGACAGAAGAAUCAAGUCAUAAGGACUCUGAGGGAACACUGGAUACUUCUUUCUUCCACAGAAAACUUUUAAUCAGUCAUCCCAAUAUAGACUUGCAUGCAUUUCUCAUUAUUAGUAUGCACACAUAACUAUUUUGUCUUAUUUUCAGUUAUAACUGUAACCUGAAAAAUAUAUAAAGCCCUUGGCAUAGCAAUCCGAGUUGGAGAGGACACGAGAUAAAUCUGGUAACAUUGAAAUUAAUGACAGGAGAGAAAUGAACUGUGUUUUUCCCGAGAACUUCCAUAUUGACUAUUGAAUGAAUCCUACUAUUAUGGUCCUACUGUGACAAGAAAAAACUUACUUGAAAGAGUCCUAGUCUGGCAGUGAGGAAGUGGACAUUUUUUUUUCCUGCUCUCCCUUUAUAGUUGCACUGAAAAAUGUAUUUAUGGGUCAGUCUUAGGGGAGAGGGAGACUAUUUCUAUAUCUAUCUAUAUAUCUAUAUAUGGAGAUAUAGUCCAUCAAAAAAUUUGUCUGCAUUGCAUAAUGUAUUUGUGCAAUUAAGAUCAGCCUUCUUUAGAUUAAAAACUUCUGUAAAAACUACAUUUUCCUUUAAUCAGAAUUUUCUCAUUUUAGGAUAACUAAGAUUCAUAUUUAAUAGCAUUAUCAAAUGACUUACAGAAGUAAAAUAUUUUUUUCCACCUUUUUGGGGAUAAUCAGCUGUUUUCUACUGACCAUGUAAAAUAUAAAUGUGGGCAUUUUCCUGUAGCAGAGGACUAACCUGAAACAUACAUCCUUGAGAAUAGGUAGAUGUUGUGUUGCAGGGCACCAAGAAAAAUACAAAAUAUAUCUUAUGUUGCAAAAUACAGAUAUCUGUGUUAUCAGAAUGUCAUAGCUGAAUGUAUCUUGACAUUAAAAUUUUACAUUCCUUAUUUUUACCUUAUGGUUUGUUGAAUUCAAAUGAUGGUAAUUAUUGUUUGGAAAUGGAAUCAGCUUUUAGAGUUACUUCUGUGAUAAAAUUAACUUGAGCAAUACAAGUUUGUUCAUGAAAGUGAAUGCAGUGAUUGCUGAAAAUAA